AUGAAGAGAAGUGAGAAGCCAGAAGGUUAUAGACAAAUGAGGCCUAAGACUUUUCCUGCCAGUAACUAUACUGGCAGCAGCCAGCAGAUGCUACAGGAAAUACGAGAGAGCCUCAGAAAUUUACCUAAACCCUCAGAUGCUGCUAAAGCUGAUCACAGCAUGGGCAAAAUGUUAUCUGAAGAUCCUAGACAAGGCCGAAAUCCCCCCAAAUUUGUAACGUAUCAUAAAGUUUUGCAGGAGAUAAGAAACUCGCUUCUGCCUUUUGCAAACGAAACAACAUCGGCUGUCAAAGGAACAUCAGAAGUUAAUCGACAAAUGCUGCAAGACUUACAAGCUGCUGGCUUUGAUGAGGAUAUGGUUAUACAAGCUCUUAGACAAACUAACAACCGCAGUAUAGAAGCCGCCAUUGAGUUUAUAAGUAAAAUGAGCUACCAGGACCCCCGUCGAGAGCAGAUGGUUGCAGCAGCAGCAAGGCCUGUCAACGCAUGUGUGAAACCACCAGGGGCUGUACAGCAGUCGGUGAACCGCAAGCAGAGCUGGAAGGGCUCCAAGGAGUCCCUGGUUCCUCAGAGGCACGGCCCUUCCCUGGGGGACGGUGUCGCGUACCGCUCCGAGAGCCCCAGCUCCCAGCCGGACGUCGCCAGGCCCUUAUCUGGGUCCGGUAUUGCCGCCUUCGCUCAGGCUCAUCCUGGCAACGGACAGCGAGUGAAUCCCCCGCCUCUGCCACAGAUCAGGAGUGUCACUCCUCCUCCUCCACCUCCUCGAGGACAGACACCCCCUCCAAGGGGAACUACUCCUCCACCUCCUUCCUGGGAACCAAGCUCUCAGACAAAGCGUUACUCCGGAAACAUGGAAUAUGUGAUCUCCCGUAUUUCUCCAGUGCCACCAGGCACGUGGCAGGAUGGUUAUCCCCCUCCACCUAUGAACCCUCCACCCAUCAGUUCUUCUGCACAGGGUCAGAGGGGCAUGAGCGCCGUCCCCAUCGGCAGGCAACCGAUAAUCAUGCAGAGUUCUGCCAACAGCAAGUUCAGCUUCCCCUCGGGAAGAGCUGGAAUGCAGAAUGGCAAUUGUCAGGCAGAAUUCAUAGUUCACCAGAACGUGGUUCCUGGGAACUCGGUGAGUCGCCAGCCACCCCCGUACCCCAUGAAUUCAACUAACAGGCAAAGUCCCACAGCGCUACAGAUGCAGUCGGGAGGAUCUGCUCCUCCUUCGGCGUACACCAAUGGGAACCUUCCUCAGGCGAUGAUGGUACCAAACAGAAAUAGUCAUAACCUGGAACUUUACAAUACAAACGUGGCUGGAAUCCCUGCAUCCUGGUCACAGCCCUCCCCUGUGCAGCCGCAGUCGUCACCUGGCAACGGGCACGACCUGCCUGCCUGGCAGCCCAACGUCCCCGUGCGGUCAAAUUCCUUCAACAACCAUCACGGGAACAGGCAGAGUCACUCUGGCAGCUCUCAGCCUUUGGCGACGACGGUGACAGCCAUAACGCCAGCCCCCAUCCAGCAGCCCGUUAAAAGCAUGCGCGUGCUGAAGCCGGAGCUCCAGACUGCCUUGGCCCCCACGCACCCUGCCUGGAUGCCCCAGCCCAUGGCAUCCGUUCCCACCAUCCCCUUCCCAGACAGCCCAUCUGCAAAUAUGGCGGCUAUGUCUCCUGUGGCAGAGGCUCCCAAUUACCAGGGGCCCCCACCGCCUUACCCAAAACACUUGCUGCACCAGAAUCCCUCUGUCAGUCUGUACGAGACGGGACCCAAGCUCAACAAGGAGGAGCCGCCCAUUUUAGCCAAGGAGGAUGAGAAUGAAAAGAAUUACGAAUGCGUUGAUUCAGCAGAUAAAGAAAAGAAGCAAAUUACAACAUCACCGGUUCCUGUUAGAAAAAACAAAAAAGAUGAAGAACGAAGAGAGUCUCGUAUUCAAAGCUAUUCCCCUCAGGCUUUUAAAUUCUUCAUGGAGCAGCAUGUAGAGAAUAUACUCAAGUCACACCAGCAACGUUUGCAUCGGAAAAAACAACUAGAGAAUGAAAUGAUGCGGGUUGGAUUGUCACCAGAAGCCCGAGAUCAAAUGAGAAAAAUGUUGUGCCAGAAAGAAUCUAACUAUAUUCGGCUAAGAAGAGCUAAGAUGGACAAGUCCAUGUUUGUAAAAAUUAAAACCCUGGGAGUCGGUGCAUUUGGAGAAGUUUGCCUGGCAAGAAAAGUGGAUACUAACGCUUUAUACGCAACAAAAACUUUGAGGAAAAAAGAUGUCUUGCUUAGAAAUCAAGUUGCGCAUGUUAAAGCUGAGCGGGAUAUCCUUGCAGAAGCUGAUAAUGAGUGGGUGGUCCGCCUGUACUAUUCAUUCCAAGAUAAGGACAAUUUGUACUUCGUAAUGGACUACAUUCCAGGAGGUGAUAUGAUGAGUCUCCUAAUUAGAAUGGGUGUCUUUCCAGAAAAUCUGGCACGGUUCUACACGGCAGAACUGACCUGCGCAGUUGAAAGCGUUCAUAAAAUGGGCUUCAUCCACAGAGAUAUUAAACCUGAUAAUAUCUUGAUAGACCGUGAUGGUCACAUUAAAUUGACUGACUUUGGGCUCUGUACAGGUUUUCGAUGGACCCACGAUUCAAAAUACUACCAGAGUGGUGACCACGCGCGCCAGGACAGCAUGGACUUCAGCAGCGAGUGGGGC